CACCCGGUUGACCUAUUUUGUUGGAAAAUAAAUCUAAAAAAUACGCUAGGUAAAAUUAAUAAAUUUAUUACCGUAGCAGUGAGUCAGAAGUGGGACUCCAACGGUCAAUUUUGCCACCAAUAUUUGAACUAGAAGCUUAGCUGUGUCUCUCUUCAUGGUUUAGAAACUCAAGCGCUGCUCUGUUCGUCUCUCUCUAUCUCUUUAGUUUUGGAUUAUAUUGUUGAAGAAGAUAGGUGUGAAAAUGGUGAUGGCAAAGGUGAAGUAUGAAGCUGUACGGCAGCAGAGAUUGGAAGAGAACAAGAAACGAAUAGAGGAACUCCAUCUCCCUCUUCUCUCUCAAGCCCUCAAAGAUUCCUCCUCUCCUAAGCCCUCUCCGAUGAAGAAGACUAAACCUCGGAUUGCGAGGACUGAGGUGGUUCCUGUGAGAAGAUCAUUGCGAUUUUCCAACAAAUCGGCUCCGGAAUACAAGGAGAUUACUGUCUACGACCGCGUGCACAUCCCUCGAAGAAUGACUCACAAAACGAGGGAUUUGUCGAACCGCGUGUAUGCAUCCGACCAAGCAAGAGACAUCGCCAUGAAGAAAGCAGAGGAAAUCGAAUCAUCUCUCGGCUCCAAUCACCCUUCGUUUGUGAGGUCGAUGCUCCCCUCCCACGUUAGUGGAGGUUUCUGGCUGGGGCUUUACUCGGAUUUCUGCAGGAGGAGGCUGCCAAGGAACGACGGCGUGGUUCAGUUGGUGGACGAGGAAGGCGAGGAGUGGCCGGUGGUGUACUUGGCUCGGAAAACCGGCCUUAGCGGCGGUUGGAAGAAGUUUGCAGUGGAUCACAACUUAGUAGACGGCGAUGCCCUCGUUUUCCAGUUGAUCAAACCAACCGUCUUUAAGGUACUACUAUAUCCCAUCUUUCUUGUUCUUGAUUAUCACAAUGCCAUUUCCCUUUCAAAUGUUUGGAUUCUUGCAGGUCUUCAUUGUGAGAGUUGAUAGUGAGACAAUCAAGGUUGAGCUGUGAAGCUCAAUAAUAUGCAAGCUGUAUUUUGAUAGUUGGAAUGUGGUAUUACUAUUAUUUAGGUUGUAGAUUUUGAAUUUAGUGGCUAUGUGCAAAACUCGAUCCAAGUGUAUUAAUGGUAGCACAUACAACUUGUAGGGCAAUCUAGAGGUGAAUUCUCACUCCAUUUCAAAAACAAAACCUUGAACAAAAUGAUUGUGAUUAUGUUCGACUACAA